AUGCGAAUCGUGGACAAAGCGAUGUCAGACUCGGGCAACGGACCGAUCUUCUUUGGCUCGAUCGAAGAGACCGUCCCUCCCGCCUACGAGAACUUCUACGAGCUGCUCUACGGAGACUCAAUCGACAAAAUAGACGAACUCCGACCUAGCGACAUCGACGUCUACCGCGCUGCAGCAAAGCGCUUCGCUUCAAUGCACAUCAUCAGCGAAGAAGAGUGUCCAAGGCCGAUCACAAACUGCUACCACGCCUGGCCCUGGAACACGAGAGCGAUCAGAUCUCACUGCGAAACAGCUACUGAUCCCGCAAAGAAAUGGGUCGAGGAGCAAAUCGGGCAGGUUCAAGUUCACGGCGAUUUCCUCAACAUCAGUUCAGCCGAGGGCAUGAUCGAGUUCAUGUACGAUGUCCAGUGGGGCACCAUUUCGCCGACCGUUUGA